GGGGACGGGCAACUGGGGUGAAAGGAGUUGCCGGGCGAUAGCACAGCAUAACGGUUUUCUGGGAGGAGGCUUUAUUAUUGUUAAUGUUUUUAGCUGCUAACGGCGUUUGGAACAUUUGAACCGAUUCCAAAUUACACCCCAACACAAACACUCCCAACACAUGCACUGAAUCGCCUAACGAAACUGCGCUAACUUAGCUAGCAGCCCGGCAACUGAGGCAAGGAAGGUGUUCGUGAUAGCUAAUUAGCCGCCGAGUUAGCUGUUUGCUAAUAUCGCCUCUCCAUCAUCACCCUCAGCACAUCAGCGUCCAGCCGACAGCCCUCGUACGGAAAGCGGCCCUCCCCUGUCACCUUUGCCCCUUCUCCCCCCACCCGAAACACUGGAAAUCCACAAGCGACCGGAGAGCGGCGGAGGGCCAGCGAAGCUGGGGGUGCUGCCGGACUCUCACAGCGGCGGAGCGCCGGCGACCAUGGAUGGGCUGGCGGUGGAGGUGCGCGGCUCCAACGGGGCCUUCUAUAAGGGAUUCGUCAAAGAUGUUCAUGAAGACUCCCUCACAAUAGUCUUUGAAAACAACUGGCAACCAGAGAGACAGCUGCCGUUUAGCGAUGUGCGGUUGCCACCUCCAACCGAUUACAGCAAGGACAUUGGCGAGGGAGAGGAAGUGGAGGUGUACUCCCGAGCGAACGAGCAGGAACCCUGUGGUUGGUGGCUGGCGAGGGUGCGAAUGAUGAAGGGCGAGUUCUAUGUGAUCGAGUAUGCUGCAUGUGACGCCACAUAUAAUGAAAUAGUCACUUCAGAACGAAUCCGGCCAGUCAACCCCAACAGCCCCUCCAGUCGCACCACCUUCUACAAAGUCACCGUCGCCGUGCCCGAGGACCUCAGAGAAAUCUGUUUAAAUGAAAACAUCCACAAAGACUUCAGGAAAGCAAUUGGAGCCAGCUGCAUCUUCUACAACACUUCCAUAAACGAACUGGUCGUACUGUCCACGAACGAAUCCACAGUAAAGCGUGCAGGUCUUCUGAGUGACAUGCACUUCCGCAGUAUUCGCACCAAACUCAUGCUUAUGUCCCGUAAUGAGGAGGCCACCAAACACUUAGAGACAAGUAAGCAGCUGGCAUCGGCCUAUCAGGAGGAGGUGCGGGUGCGGGAAGAUCUAAUGGGUUUGGCCAUCGGAUCCCACGGUGCCAACAUCCAGCAGGCCCGCAAAGUCCCCGGUGUCACUGCCAUUGAACUUGAGGAGGAGAGCUGCACCUUCAGAAUCUAUGGAGAGACCCCAGAAGCUGUGAAGCAGGCCAGGGCGUAUCUGGAGUUUAAAGAAGAUUCCUUUCAGGUGCCGAGGAAUCUUGUAGGCAAAGUUAUUGGCAAAAGUGGCAAAAUCAUCCAAGAGAUUGUGGACAAAUCGGGUGUGGUACGAGUUCGGAUCGAAGGGGACAAUGACAAAAAGCUGCCCAGGGAGGAGGUAGGCAGGCAGGCGUCUGGCAGUGCAGACACUGUCGACAGCCAAGAGGGUAUGGUUCCCUUCAUCUUUGUAGGAACCAAGGAAAACAUCAGUAAUGCCCAGGCCCUACUGGAGUACCAUGUGGCCUACCUGCAGGAGGUAGAGCAGUUGCGUCUGGAGCGGCUGCAGAUUGAUGAGCAGCUUCGUCAGAUUGGUGUGGGUUACCGUGCGCCCCCGAGCCGCACUGGAGCGGCCAGCACCGGAGACCGGGAAAGAGGCUACCUGACUGAUGAGAGCAGCAACUCUCUCCAGACGUCACGCACAUAUGGCGGACGCGGGCGUGGACGCAAGGCCAAUGCAUACUCUGGUUAUGGAACGAACUCUGAGCUGUCCAAUGCAUCUGAAACUGAGGAGCUGGGGGAGCGAGAGCCCAGGCCCCGGGGGGUUGGAGGAGAGGAGAGGGGCUCCAGGAGAGGAGGUCGUGGUCGUGGAUCCAGCACCGGCAGAGGCCGCGGAGGCCCAGGAACCCGCAGUUCCAUCACCAUCAGCUCAGUGCUGAGGGACCCUGACAGCAACCCCUACUCACUGUUGGAGGGUGAGGGUGAUCUGGGUGGAGAUACAGAUGCCAGUGAGAGCAUGGGUGGCAGUGACCACAGGAGACGCUCCCGCCGUCGCCGCAACGACCAGGAACCCAGCGUGAUGGAUGCAGCCGCCAACGAAUCCGAUGGCCAGGCCGCUACUAGUGAGAAUGGAUUGGAAGAUGAAAGUAAGCCCCAGCGGCGCAACAGAAGCCGGCGCCGCCGUAACCGUGGCAACCGUCCUGAGGGAGGUUCUGCCAGCCGUGACAGGCAGCCAGUUACUGUGGCCGACUUCAUCUCUCGAGCAGAAUCUCAGAGCCGACAGAACCUUCCAGUAAAGAAAGAAGAAAUGCAGCAUGCCUCCCAUCCUAAGGAGAAUGGGACUAGUGUGAAGAAGGAAGAUCUUGUCCCCUCAAAGCGUUCUCCUAGCAACGGCGUGGCAUCAUCUGGGGAGGCUCUGACCCUGGUGAAUGGCGUCUCGUAAAUUGAAAAAUACAAAGCGUCAUCUCACCCCUCAAGACCCACGUCUAGAGCAAGACACUACGGCGAUCUGUCCCUGCUUGCAUUUACGUAAACCUUUAAACAGACGAGUGAAAAUCGACUAAAAAUCUUGAAUUCAUACGAGAUUACAAGGAGAAAAAGAAAAAUACAAAAAAAUGACAAACGCAUCUACUUAAAAACACGUAAUGGUGUAUGUUUAUCCUAUCUAUCAGUACUUAGUGCUUAUUUAAGACAAGCUUGCCAAAAAAGAGCUGGUGGAUAUGAUUCGAAAAUCUGACGUAACUGAACACAGGACGUGACUCUUUGUUUUUAUUUUGGAGAAACGGUUUGGUGUUUGUUUUUUGUUUUGUUUUUUUUUCUUGUCACUGUCGUUGAUGUCGUUGUUUUUUGUUUGUUUUUUUUUGUUUUUUUUUUUUUUAAUCUCCUUCACUGGUGUGGGAUUGUGAUCACACUCCCAAACAGAUGCAUCUCUGAAACAGUGUUAGCGGCGAGGGGAUGAGCUAGCCGAGAGGCAGGAAUGUAGGCGGAGCCUCUCAUGUGACUGACAGCUGAGGCGUUUGGUACUCUGAGAUUAAGGGCGUCUAAGGAAAAGGAGACAUUGUGCCUUGAAUUUGAAAAAAAAAAAACUUGAGUAUUCACUUUUUUGUUAGAAUAAUUUUUUGUUCAUGGGACUAAAUAAGCUGUUCCUUAAUUUUGUUUUGUUUUUUAUUUUAAGGAGAUGAGAAGACGGCAGAGAAAAUAAUUGCAAGGUUAGGCUUGGAGAAGAAAGGUUGGAUAGAAAAUCGAAUACUAAUGCCAAACAAGAAAUUAAGAACGCUCAUCCAUUGUAGGAGUCAUGAAUUGGACGGCGUUUAUUGUGUGCGCGUGUGCGUGUGUGUACGAGUAUGUUUGUAUAUGUGUAGUUGUUAGCAGUGCAACCAUAGAAAAUCAAUUGGAAGAAUUGUUACAAGGUCUCAGAGCUGACCCUGUAGAGAGGGAUGAAGGGAUGCAGCCCCUCCAGUCAAACAGGUAGGGAAAGGGCACAGUGUCCACCUCUAUCUGGGCAUGGCUGCAUCAGGAACAGAUGAACCGUUAUAGACCUACAGACCCAGAGUGCUAAUUUCAGCCUGUUCUGAAAUCCAAACAAACUUCAGUGCCUCUAACCCCCCCUCCUAAAACCCACCACUGUUUCUGGGAGAAGAAUGAAGGGAGUGUUGAAAGUGAUGGUGUGCGAGUGCGAUAAAGUCAGUGCGCACAGUUGCAACUUUCCUACCACAGUAGAACGUGGUGCGUACACUCUAUGCCCAUUGAGGGAUAGUGAAGGUGAAGACUCCUCUGGUGCCCCCUGCUACACGGGGUUGGUUUUUACUCACAUUAGUGAUCAAGAAGGCACGUUGUUGGGAGGGGGGAAUAGCACAGCCUCAGAAAAGUUGAGAGCCACACACGCGCACACGCACAGUGUAUGUGAAUAUACAGUACACUCCAAUGUUAUCACUACAUAGUUUAGACCUCCUGCGUCUCUUGGCGAGGAGGUUUAAACAAGAAGUUUCAGCCAUGUGGCCUGGAGGCCAGGCGAGACCGUGCUGUUUAAACUGAACAAGAUGUCUGUCGCGUUCCUGAUUGUCGCGGUCGUAAAAGACGCAGCCGGGAGAUUGGCGUCUCCCUGUUGGCUCUUGUUGUUACUGUCAUCUUGGUUUCUGCUCUCAAACUUUUUUUUUGGUUGUUCUUUUCACAUCAUAGAAAAAAUGAAUAAAAUUGAAGUGAAAUAAAUUAUUUCUGGA